AUGGAAGGCGUGGUGGCGUCACUUCUACUGUCCCAGGUAGCGUCACUUCGACUGUCCCUGGUAGCGUCACUUCUACUGUUCCAGUUAUCAUCACUUCGACUGUCCCAGGUGGCGUCACUUCUACUGUCCCAGGUACCGUCACUUCUACUGUCCCAGACAGCGUCACUUCGACUGUCCCUGGUAGCGUCACUUCGACUGUCCCAGUACCGUCACUUCUAUUGUCCCUGGUACCGUCACUCGACUGUCCCUGGUACCGUCACUUCGACUGUCCCAGACAGCGUCACUUCUACUGUCCCAGACAUCGUCACUUCGACUGUCCCUGGUACCGUCACUUCUAUUGUCCCUGGUACCGUCACUUCGACUGUCCCUGGUACCGUCACUUCGACUGUCCCUAGUACCGUCACUUCUAUUGUCCCUGGUACCGUCACUCGACUGUCCCUGGUACCGUCACUUCGACUGUCCCAGACAGCGUCACUUCUACUGCCCCAGACAUCGUCACUUCGACUGUCCCUGGUACCGUCACUUCUAUUGUCCCUGGUAGCGUCACUUCGACUGUCCCUGGUAGCGUCACUUCGACUGUCCCUGGUAACGUCACUUCUAUUGUCCCUGGUACCGUCACUCGACUGUCCCUGGUACCGUCACUUCGACUGUCCCUGGUACCGUCACUUCUAUUGUCCCUGGUACCGUCACUCGACUGUGUCUGGUAGCGUCACUUCGACUGUCCCUGGUAGCGUCACUUCGACUGUCCCUGGUACCGUCACUUCGACUGUCUCCCAGACAGCGUCACUUCGACUGUCCCAGGUCACCAUGAGGGCAGCAGUUAUCGCCGUCUCUCUUCUCUACGUCAUCUUUGUCGUCGUUCAUGACGUUGACGGCACAUUCUUUCGGCGACGUUUUGGUUUCAGAACAUUCAGGCGCCGGAUUCCCUACAGGCCGCACAUAAUACAGCGCCCUUAUUAUCCCAAAACUGUCAAACCUCCCCACCCAACUCCAAAACCUCAUCCUCCACCGACAACGCCAGCACCAACAACCUCCAAACCCCACCCACCACCUACAAUAAAACCUAAAUUGACUGAUGUCCCUACCGCCCCCCUCCCACCAAAGCAACCUGACGGCAAAACCCCGUACCCCCCAUAUCCAUACCCUCCUUAUUAUCCUCCUCCACCUUACUACUACCCCAAUCCACAACAGCCGUACCCCCCACAACAACCGUACCCCCCUCAGCAGCCGUACCCCCCUCAGCAGCCGUACCCCCCACAACAGCCGUACCCACAGCCGACUGUAACUGUCCGCGACUGCGUCAGUGACGGUUGUGACUACUCCUGUUCGCCCAUGACAUACCUCAGCGGCGUCAAACACUGCUGCCCUCAAUGUUCCAAAGACGUCUCCAUGACGACGGGUACAAACGACAAAGGGGGACUUCUGCUUAUGUACCUAUCAGGCUACUGUCCAGUACUGAUUGUGACGACAUCACUACGUUGGUGGUGUGACAUUGUGGACAGCACUAGUGUGACUGUGGAUCCCUGUAAGAGAACGUUCUUGACGUACAAUGUGACUGUGGAUCCCUGUAAGAGAACGUUCUUGAUGUACAGUGUGACUGUGGAUCACUGUAAGAGAACGUUCCUGGCUUAG